AUGAGUCUCCCUCCGCCAAGGUUCCUAGAGGCCUCAGCCCAUAGAGUUACCCCCACAUGGGCGCAGGCCUCCGCCCGACGGGCUGUCGCGGUGGAGGUACGUACUCAUGGCCUCAGGGAUCCCUACAUAAAAGGCGUGACCAGAAGAAGCUGAAAGCAGCCUUUGGCUUUGGCUGGACAACGAUGGAGUGACCCACGCGGCCCUGUCUACGCAGACCCGGCUUGACGUACCCGUCCCCUUACCCAGCAGAUCCAAGACCCGCAAGGCGGCUUCAGGAAAGCGCGCGCUGUGCGCAGGAAUCCACCAUGGACCGCGGCCGCCCGGUGAACAGCCCCGAGAGCGCCAGUGCUGAGCCCAGGCCCCCGGCCACUGUCACCCGCGACUCAAGCCCGGGGCGUAUUGGGAUCGGAGCGCGCUCGGGAGGCGGCCGGCCAGCCGCGGCGAACGCGGCGCGGGAGCGCAGCCGCGUGCAAACCCUGAGGCACGCCUUCCUGGAGCUCCAGCGCACGCUGCCGUCGGUACCACCCGACACAAAGCUAUCCAAGCUGGACGUGCUGCUGCUGGCCACCACUUACAUCGCGCACCUUACCCGCAGCCUGCAGGACGACGCCGAGGCUGCGGCGGAUCCUGGUCUGGGAGCUUUGAGUGGCGAUGGCUACCUGCACCCAGUCAAGAAAUGGCCCAUGCGAUCAAGAUUAUACAUUGGUGCUACUGGUCAGUUUCUGAAGCAUUCGGUCUCUGGAGAAAAAGCAAAUCAUAGCAACACUCCAACAGACUCACAGCCGUAGGGACUCUCAUGGUGUUAGCUGAUAGAAGUGGUGUCUAUUGUUUUUAAAUACUAUGAAAGAAUUAUAAUUUAUUACAUCAAACAUAACAAACAUCAUUUCUGAAAGUUUACAUUGGAGCCCAUAGUUUGAUGUCCACAUUUAUCUGUCUAAAGGUAGAAUGAGGUAAUCAAUCUUAUGUAAAACAUAUUGCUUAUCUAUUCAUUGUGAGAGUGAUAGCUAUAUAGUACAAGAGAAAUUAGUAGGAAAAUACACACAAAAGGAAACAAUUAUGUAUAUAUCCAAAGAAGGCACACAUUUUCUGUAGUAUAUCUAUUGUAAAUGUAAAAGCCAAUAUCUAUCAGUAUAGUCUUUGUAGCUUAAAAAAAAAAAUCCGUGUUUGUGAUAUGUCAGUAUUCUAUCUUUGUGAAGACCAAGAAUGCAUUUCAACUAUCAGAUUCAAGACCAUUUAUUUAGUUUGGCUUUAUAUAUGCAUAAAGUCUGUUGCAGUAGCUUCUAUCACUAGUGAUUUUCCCUGUUAGAAGAUUUGUUUGGAGUAUCAGAAAUAAUUUGCUCUAUAGGAAAUGCCCACCUUUCAAAAGGGUUAGUCAGUAUUCGGACAUGACUUACAUGUUUCCAGAUUGUGAAAGGCACUAGGAAUACAGGCAGCCAGUAUGAAAAAGAGUCCGGGUGUCACUGGACAGCACUAUCAUCACACUUUCUCCUGGUCACACCAUAUCACUGCUUCUUUCAGGUUCUGAGCUAGGUGACCAAGUUCAGCUGUAGCCAUUUUGGAGACAGUGGCCUUUUCAGGCCUUGUAGAGCCGUCAGUGAAUCCCCCUGACCUUCCUCAGCCAGUGGUGGAGUCAGGUCCCUUCUCCCAUCCAAGUACUAGCUGAGCUCCACCCUGCUUAGCUUCAGAGAUCAGAUGAGAUCCGGCUGUUCAAGGUGGUAUGGCCAUAGAUGUCAGAUCCCUUCUCACAUCAGCUCUUCAUAAUCUACCUUCAUAAUCAUAAUUUGGCCAUUACAAAAUGGGGAAAAUCCUGUCUGAUUUGGGAAUUCUGGCACUGAUGUGUACCUUGAGGGGGAUCUAAGGAUACAGUGAGUGUCCUGAGUUAAAUUCAGGCUGGAGCAGACCACUCCUGAAUCUGCCCUAAUAUGAACUUGUAGCAGUAGGCCUCCCACUGCACUGUACAUCGUGAAGUGCUCAGGGAACAAUGGAUCUGACUGAUCACACUAGUGGCUUUAGUUUGCAAUAGGAACCUCCUGAAAUUUGUGUUAAAUAAAGGAGCUUUGCCUCUGACAACGUUGUUUUUUCUUUCUUCUUGUCCAGUUAUUGUUUUAAUGCUAAAGAAGUGUCAUUUUGGUCAUAGAUUUUUAUAACAUUUUAUUAAAUCUUUAAAUAUGCUAAUAUUUAAAAUAUUUUAGUAAGUGGGAAAUUCUCAGAAGGGAAGCUGCAUGUGGUCUGAGCCAUGAGUAGAGAUGUUUGUCAGGGAACACACUGAGCUUGGAACAAUGGAGUAUAGCAGAAACACUGGGAAAGAAUCAACAUUAGUCCUCUCGUUGCUGACUUAGAUUCCCUUUUAUCACUUCUUGAUUUUCUCCUCAGUCUUUACUCUUCCCUUUUCCAACUGUGAAGUUCAUAAUAUAUUUCUCAUAACCUAGUUUUAAAGUUGCUGAAUUUGAUCCAAGAUUAGCAAACAGAUAGCAAAAAUAAUGAUCUUGGUUGAAUUACUAUAACUAUCGACCCACCAUUUUAUUUUCACCUCAGUUUUCUUCCAGCUUUUGGCAGUGAAAUGAAGUAAAAUAUCAUUUGAAGGCAAGAACUAUCAGUUGAUUCAGUACAGCAUGACCAGGUUUUGGCUUAUAUCCAAUAGUUUGUAACUUUUUAUUAUUUUAAUAUGAAUAUCUUCCUUAAAAUGUGACCAAUAAUAAAAUCUUUCUACAUAUUGAUAUAUAACACAAAUGUUUGUAUAUUUAAAUAUUGUGACUAUGUUUACCCAUUCAUCUAACAUUAAAAAGAAAUAAAAAAUAAAAUAAGAUUUGGAUUCAGCAUUCAUCAUUUUAUUGCCAUAGG